CUUCACUUGCUCGUUCUAGACUUCAAAUUCUCUCUAUGGGGCUGCUUCGUUUUGGUGUUCUUGCUCUCCUGCUAUGUUUUGCUCUUACUGGGAGUGGUGCGACAUCGUCACGCUCGGCCGAAGAAUACUGGCAUUCAAUCUGGCCAGACACUCCCUUGCCUAAGAAUUUAGAGUAUCUUUUGGAGUCUGGUGUGACAGAUGCAAAGAAUAAAGAUACCCAAUAUCCCUAUACCAGCUUCUUUGAAGACGACCUACAUCCUGGCAAACAAAUGAACAUGAUAUUCAACAGCCCUUACGCUAAUGAUGCUAUGCAUAAAGAUGCAAAUAAGGCUUCAUCUUCUCAACCUUGGGGCGUUGGUUCAUGGAAAAGAAACAUGAUGAAUGAAGAUUUAGAGAAAUCAUCAGUAUCUCAACCUUGGGGUUUUGGUUCAUGGAAGAGAAACAUAAUGAAUGAAGAUUCUGAGAAAUCAUCAGUAUCUCAACCUUGGGGUGUUGGUUCAUGGCAAAGAAACACAAAUGAAGAGUCAGAGAAGUCAUCACUAUUUUCUCAGCCUUGGGGUGUUGGUUCGUGGCAAAGAAACACGAACGAAAAUUCAGAGAAGUCAUCAUAUCUCCUCAACCCUGGGGUGUUGAUUCAUGGAAAAGAAACAUAA